UCUGGAAUUUAGGGUCCAGGUCUAUGUCCUAUUCUGGCCAGAGUUCCUAAGAAGAGAGAACUCAACGGCAGGGCAAGAACACUGUGACACUGGGGACCCAGAAGGGAAGUGGUAACAGGGACGGAAGGCCAGACCUCCUCACACUUAUUUACGAAAGGGCAAAACCAAGAGAAACCAGCAGGAGCUGUCUGUCGCUCUAGUGGAGAACCCAGGCUGAGCCUGCAGAUCUGAACACAAAAUAGCCAGGAAGGCUCUACAAGCUCCUGGGGCCCAGCUGCUGACAAACAACCCCACGCCGUCUGGGCUGGACCCAGUAGAAGCCAAAGCCUGUCCAUGGAGGGGUGCUGGGAGAUGGAGAUGACCAAUGGCUCAGAGAAUGGCCUGGAAUUCAACCCUAUGAAGGAUUACAUGGUCCUGAGUGAUGCCCAGAAGAUAGCUGUGGCAGUGCUGUGUACCCUGCUGGGCCUGCUAAGUGCCCUGGAGAACAUGGCGGUGCUGUAUCUUAUACUGUCUUCUCAGCGGCUCCGCAGGAAGCCCUCGUACCUGUUCAUCAGCAGCUUGGCUGGCGCUGACUUCCUGGCCAGUGUGGUCUUUGCCUGCAACUUUGUCAUUUUCCAUGUCUUCCAUGGUGUUGAUUCCCAGACCGUCUUCCUGCUGAAGAUUGGCAGUGUGACCAUGACCUUCACAGCCUCUGUGGGCAGCCUGCUGCUGACUGCUGUUGAUCGAUACCUAUGUCUGUGCUAUCCACCUACCUACAAAGCUCUAGUCACCCGUGGGAGGGCACUGGUGGCCCUUUGUGUCAUGUGGGUCCUCUCAGCAUUUAUCUCCUACCUGCCACUCAUGGGAUGGACUUGUUGUCCUAGGCACUGCUCGGAACUUUUCCCACUGAUCCCCAAUGACUAUCUACUGGGCUGGCUCUUACUCAUUGCCACUCUCUUUGCCGGAAUCAUCUACACCUACGGGUAUGUUCUCUGGAAAGCCCACCAGCAUGUAGCCAGCUUGGCAGAGCACCAGGAUAGGCACGUGCCUGGGAUAGCUCGGAUGCGUCUAGAUGUGAGGUUGGCCAAGACCCUGGGGCUGGUCUUGGCUGUUCUGCUUAUCUGCUGGUUCCCUACAUUGACUCUCAUGGGCCAUAGCCUAGUCACCACACUGAGUGACCAGGUCAAGGAGGCCUUUGCCUUCUGUUCCAUGCUAUGUCUGGUUAACUCUAUGGUCAAUCCUAUCAUUUAUGCCCUGCGAAGUGGAGAGAUCCGCUCAGCUGCCCAGCAUUGCCUGGUAAGCUGGAAGAAGUAUCUACAGGGCCUCGGGCCUGAGGGAAAAGAAGAAGCCCCAAGGUCCUCAAUUACAGAGACAGAGGCUGAAGUGAAAACCACCCCAGAGCCUGGUUCCAGAAGUCCCGGCUGCUCCAAUUGCUGACGACACCUAUUUUCCUAUUGGAAACAGCCUGGGCAAGAAAUCAGGUCACUCCCUCGAGGAGAGAGGUGUCCCAGACCCUGAAUCUUUCUGGAACCAGCUCUAGGGGACUGCACACAGACCUCUCUUUUGCCGAGGAAUCCUGGGCUUCAUGGCUGGAGGGUGGCCUGCUCAUGCCUACCUGAGGAGUCUGUGGAGAGAGACCAGUGACAAUGACAGGCUCUGUUCACAAGUCAGGAAACCCUCCUGACUCCAGCAACUGAGAAGCCAGAGGGGCCUCCAGGAACCAUAGUAAAGGACUCCGGUCCAGGGUUGAUCUGAAAUGAAGGGCCUGUUCUCCUGGGAUCACGGAGUACCUUGGCCAGUGUGGUCACUACCUGCAAAUUCAUCAGUGUGCAUGUCUUCCAUGGUGUGGGUACCAGGCUGUUGUGCUGAUGGCUGGUUACAAGACCAGCUAGUUCUGGUCCUGCUUCAUUGUUUGGGACUCCAUGGCUGGCUGUAAGCUAUGCGAGGCUCCGCCUUUCAGGACACCCUUGCCUCAUGAGGGUCAAGAAUGAUGGUGUCCUGAAGACCAAGAGUGUUAACGCAGACAGGGUCAUAACCAUCAGCUCAGGGUACCUUGUUGGGCAAGGACCCUCAUGACACCCUGAUAAGCCUUGAAAUCAUUGUGACUUUAGGUUCUUGGGGGCCCAGAGGAGGCUGGGUUCACUGGAGGUACAGAGUCUUCCGGGAACCGUAUUGACCUUGUGACAUUCUGCUGUGUCUAGUGUAGUAGCACUAGACUAACUCCAGUAAAAAGCAAGAUAUUCACAGAGA